AUGAAUCCGCUGGUGGCAGCGCCAGGGAUGCAGCCGUGGCUUGGGGAGAAGAUCUCUGGCAGGGAGCUGAGGGAAAGGCGGGGGCUGAGGGAAAGGCAGGGGCUGAGGGCAGGACAGGGGGCUCAGAGCAGGGCAGGGGGCUCAGGGCAGGGCAGGGGGCUCAGGACACGGCAGGCAGGAGGCUGCAGGCACGGCAGCACCGCCCUGAGCCGGAGGAGAUGCGGCGGGAGCCGGGCCGCGAGUGACGGUGAGGGCCGCAGCGCCAUGUCCCUGGGCAGCGACAGCGGCCCCGGCAUCGUGCACAGCCUGCUGUGCCACCGGCAGGGAGGGGACAGCGAGGCCUUCGCCCGCCGCGCCAUCCAGAGCCUGCUCAGGAAGCUGAAGGAGAAGAGGGACGAGCUGGACGCGCUGGUGGCCGCUGUCACCUCCGGCGGGGCCCAGCCCGGCCAGUGUGUCACCGUGCAGCGCACCCUGGACGGGCGGCUCCAGCCCCCCACCCCAUAUUCCCCCACAGCGACCCCCCAGGACCCCCUGCUCCAUCCCGAGGGCCCCCCGGCACAGCCCCCCCCGCAGAACGGGUACCCCAAACCACCCCACCACAGUUCACCGCUGAGCUGGAGCAGUGCCACCAUCUACACCCCGAAUUUGGGGGGGUCACAGCCCCCCCCACCACAACACCCCGGCAGCCAGAGCCACCCGCAGCCCCCCCAGCACCACCCCAACCACUGCUGGCCCCCCGUGCUCCAGCCCCCCGUGUCCACCCACCCUGGGCCGGAGUUCUGGUGCUCCAUCGCCUACUUCGAGCAGGACGUGCAGGUGGGGGAGAUCUUCAAGGUGCCCUCGAGCUGCCCCACCGUGGUGGUGGACGGCUACGUGGACCCCUCGGGGGGGGCCCGCUUCUGCCUGGGGCAGCUCUCCAACGUGCAGCGCUGCGCCGCCAGCGAGAGGGCACGGCUGCACAUCGGCAAGGGCGUGCAGCUGGAGCGGCGAGGCGAGGGCGACGUGUGGAUGCGCUGCCGCAGCGAGCACGCCGUGUUCGUGCAGAGCUUCUACCUGGACAGGGAGGCGGGCAGAGCCCCCGGCGACGCCGUGCACAAGGUGUACCCCGGAGCACACAUCAAGGUGUUUGACCUGCGGCAGUGCCACCGGCAGAUGCAGCAGCAGGCGGCCACCGCCCAGGCCGCGGCCACCGCCCAGGCCGCCGCGGUGGCCGGCAGCAUCCCCGGGCCCGGCUCGGUGGGCGGCAUCGCCCCGGCCAUCGGGCUGUCGGUGGCCGCGGGGCUCGGCGUGGACGACCUGCGGCGCCUGUGCCUCGUUAGGCUGAGCUUCGUUAAGGGCUGGGGGCCCGACUACCCCCGGGCCAGCAUCACCUGCACGCCCUGCUGGAUCGAGGUGCACCUGCACCGCGCCCUGCAGCUGCUGGACCACGUCCUGCACGCCCUGCCCGACGCCCACGCCUGACUCCUGGAAGGGGCAGCCAAAAAAAAAACACAAAAAAACGGCAAAAAAAAAAAAAAAAGGCCAAAAAUGUGUUGGUUUAACGGUUAUUUAAUGGAUUGGGUCAGUGCUUGUGGCCUGGGUGUAGUGCGGCCCUCGGUGCUGAUUUCCACCUCCUGCUUUAACUUUUGUAUGAAAAUAAACCAAAAGAAAAGAUUUUUAAAAGCCGAAACAACAAGGUGGAAGGACCAACACCACGUUGUUUAAACCGUUAUUUAAUGGAUGGGGUUGGAAUCUGUGGCCUG